CCCAGAGAGCGCGGCGAGGGGCCGCCCGUGAGCCGAUCGCACAGUAUCACCAGCUCCGUGGAUCGGGCAGCCCAGCGGCGUAGCGACACGUGCCGCGGUGAACACAGGCGGCACACCAUCACCGGCGGCGUGGAUUAUGAUGUGCUGAAACAGAUGAAGGAGCUGGAGAGGGAGAGAGACGCUCUCUUGCACGGCCUGGAGAUGGUGGAUCGUACGCGAGUCUGGUACUUGCAGCAGAUCCACGGAGUGAAGGGGAGACAAGACCAGGCCAAGAGGGGCUUCGGAGACACCGAUCGCCCCGUCGACCCUCGGCCCAACCGAGCUUGUCUUCUCUUGGCCAAGAUCCAGGAAGUCAACUCCUGCCUCAGCGACCUCAUAUCUACCCCUGGACAGAUGCAGUACAUCCAUCACCCCGCCAACGUGCUUCCCUGGAAGGUGACCGGGAUCCAGCGGCAGUCAGUCGGCACGUUGCAGGAACAGAACCGCCUGUUGACCAAGGAAUUGUCCGUAAAGAGCGGGCGGAUCACGGCUCUGGAGAUGGAGAGGGCGGCUCUGAUCAAGCGGCUCAUCGAUGCGCAGAAACAAGGCUUCUCGGAGUCCAGUUGUGAAGGCUCCUCCCUCAUCUAGCCCGGCGAUGUCGCGGAACAGAUAGAUCCGGAGUUGAGUCUCGGGGCAAAGAGGUCCUUCUGCAGUUGUACAGGGCUCUAGUGAGACCACACCUGGAGUAUUGUGUGCAGUUUUGGUCCCCUAAUUUGAGGAAGGACAUUCUUGCUAUUGAGGGAGUGCAGCGUAGGGUCACCAGGUUAAUUCCCGGGAUGGCGGGACUGUCAUAUGCUGAGAGAAUGGAGCGGCUGGGCUUGUGCACACUGGAGUUUAGAAGGAUGAGAGGAGAUCUUAUUGAAACAUAUAAGAUUAUUAAGGGUUUGGACACGCUAGAGGCAGGAAACAUGUUCCCGAUGUUGGGGGAGUCCAGAACCAUGGGGCCACACAGUUUAAGAAUAAGGUGUAAGCCAUUUAGAACGGAGACGAGGAAACACUUUUUCUCACAGAGAAUUGUGAGUCUGUGGAAUUCUCUGCCUCAGAGGGUGGUGGAGGCCGGUUCUCUGGAUACUUUCAAGAGAGAGCUAGAUAGGGCUCUUAAAGAUAGCGGAGUCAGGGAAUAUGGGGAGAAGGCAGGAAGUGAUUGUCAGUGAUAUGGGGAGAAGGCAGGAACUGAUUGUGAAUGAUCAGCCAUGAUCACAUUGAAUGGCGGUGCUGGCUCGAAGGGCCGAAUGACCUCCUCCUGCACCUGUUGUCUAUUGUGAAGCUGCCCGGAUACUUUGAGCCACUAGACUUCAAUCCCGACUGCAGGACGAAAAUUCCCAAGCUGUCCAAUACUCUGGAUGGAACUUAUAUCCAUUGGGAACAGCGGACUUGGAAUAUUGGGACCAGAAAAGCAUCGGGAUUUAUCCCAAACGGAGUUUCCACCCUUCCAACAUCGAACCAGCGACAUCCCAUCUCAUCGUUGACCUUUGAUAGGCAUUCGAGAAGCAGCCAAAUGCAAUAACUCGUUCCGUCUCGAGAACCCAGUCUAUUUAUUCUCUAUUUAUAUAAAUCAUUGCCAUUGAUAAACUGU